AUGGCAAAACUGUUACACAUUGUUGCCAGUACUUGUUUGUGUUCAGGCAGGGAAUUAAUAACUAGCGGAAUUAUUCUAUCAUUUGUACUGGAUUUUUCCAUUAUUUGUACUGGAUUUUUUCCAUAUGAAUUCAUAAAUUAUAUGCAAUUAAUAGAAAGUUUACCAACCUAUGGAAUACAUUACUAUGAAGUUAAGGAUAAAGCAGGGAUACCUUGGUUGUUAGGAUUGAGUUUUAAAGGAAUUGGACAGUACGACCGUUUAGAUAAAGUCACUCCAAGAAAGGUAUUCCCUUGGCGGCAGUUGCAAAAUAUUUACUUCAAGGAAAAAAAGUUUUCAAUCGAAGUGAACGAUCCUAAAAGAGGUUCUCAAAGUUCGGCGAGUCACUUAUUGUACGAACAACCACUGCAGGACACGCCUGAUAGUGUUGAAGAUUCGUCAGAAACUAAUUCUGACUUCGUUCAGGGACCGGUAACGAAACGACCAUUUAGUUCGAGCAAUGUGAUUGUGCACGCGUGGUAUGGAACAGCAGCGUUGAUCAAGUCCAUUUGGAGUAUGGCCAUAAACCAACAUCAGUUCUACUUAGAUCGAAAACAUAGCAAGAUGCAGCAUCCAAUGUCUAAAAGUUUUAGUCAGAUAGCUACUGAUUUAACACAAAGCACGCCCUCUAUAACAUCGCAAAAUUCAGAUAUAAGCGAAACUAGUAGUAGUACAAACAGCUUGACAAUGCAUAAGGAUCAAUUAAAGGGAAAUCCACUAAAUGCAGACAUGGCAGCGAUGAGUGCAAAGGCUGAAGAGGAUUUAGUAGCCGCCCUCAAAGCAAGGAAAGCAGCCCUAGAAGAGCAUCUCAAAUCAAAGCAAGAAGAGUUCAAAAAGAUGUGCUUAAAAGAAGCUGAGAUUUUAGGAGUUUUACCACCGGACUAUCCCAAGGAACCAGGGGAACCGUUGCCAGUUAUUAGGAAACGAGUUGGAACCGCAUUCACGUUAUCUGAAAAAUUGAUGAACGGCAGUACAGAGGAGGAUUUUAGUAAAGAACUUGCACAAUUUGAAAAAGAGUAUGAGAUUCAGAGUAAUAUAUGUAAGGCAGCUCUACGAUUAUCAAUGGACCCAACCAUCACUAAAAAGUCUCGCAAGACUCGCAGAGAAAACUACAAACUAGCACUACGAAAGUUAGAGGAAAUAGGCGAAAAACUAAAUGAAAUCAGGUUGGAACAUGGAUUGGAACCCAUUACACCGCAAGUAGUGAAAAGUGGUUAUGAUACCUUGCCACGACCUAGCAAACCCAAGACUCCGCCUGUUUCAAGGACAUUCAAUGUUAAAGGAUUGAAAACAAAAGGCGAGUCCGAAAGAGGGCGUGCCAAAACAACUGAAAGUAAAGGAGUGCGCGCCAGAUCUAAAUCAGUGCCACGACCUCAUUUAAACGGUGGUCUGACGCUGCCGUCACCGCUAAGAUCAAGGAAACGGGACAAUUCACUACCCAGAGAAUCUACACCCGGCGAUAUCGAGUUUGAAGAUGAGGACUUUAUGAAACAGGAGCAGUAUUCUUCUCAAACAUUAGGUAGAGUUCCACGUAGUACGCAUGGUUUACCACCACAAAAACCAACCACAGAUCGAGGUAAAUUUAAGGUGAAUCCAGAUUACGCGGAAAUUGGACCACCUCGUCAACGCAGCGAUUCCAAUCCUAAACCGAGAUCAAAAACCAUGGUCAAUCCGUACAUUCCAUCUUCACCAAAUUCCAAUGCAAGACCAGUUUUGCGGCAAAGUAGUUCAUUCAGAGGUAGUUCUAGCUCGAACUCGGACUUUAGUGACACAUCGUCACGUAAACAAAGCAUCCCGUAUGAUUCGCAUUCUCAGCAUCAUAAUUACAGCUCAUUACCACGACAGAAAAUCUCUGGUAUUGACUAUAGUCAAUCUAAUAUUCAUUAUAGUUCGGAGGAUGAACAACCUCGUAUACGUCAACAUGCAUCGUCAAUGUUUAACCUUCCGACACAGACUCAAAAAGUUGAAUACAAUUACAGUGACGAUGGUAUUAGUUACGAUCAACCUAUUUCUACAGUACAAACUCAAUCUCCCAAAAAGCAUGGCUCUGUAGGCAAUUUGCGUUCAGAGAAUUUACCUCCAGAACGCUUAGCUGAUGAGACCGAUCAAUAUAUGCAUAAUACUCCUCCUCGUAAAGACUAUCGGGUUCAAAAAAGCCGCCCACGUCAACCACGGUAUGACCAUGAUGACCUUUCGCGACGUGUUUAUGAAUCACGGGAAGGAAGUGUUGCUUAUUCAUCCGAUGAUCAGUAUUCUACAGGUAGUGGCGACAGGACUGCCCCCUAUAGAGGGGGUUAUACAAAUAGGGAAGAUAAAAACUACCAACAUCGGGAGCAUCAGCAAUAUCAACGGAAUCAUGUGCGCGACAAUCAUCCAAGACAUGGACAUGGAGACUAUUAUGCUGGUGAACAAUACAGAGGUGGUAAUCCUCGCAAUAGUCCCCAUUCUGGACGGUAUCCUUCCCCGAGCCAGCAGUAUCAGGGUGGACGCGAUGCUUGGCAUCAUGACCCACGACUUGAUUAUAAAGACAACCAAUAUGACCAUUACCAAAAUGGUGUCCAUCAUUCUUAUUCUAAUACGUACUAUCACGAACCACGUCAUGAUAAUCCACAGUAUUACCACAAUGAAAAUGGCGAAAACAGUCACUACAAGGGAUCUAGCUACGAUGUACGUGCUGCUUAUGCGUACCAUUAUCAGAGACAAAAUAGUCACGAGGAUUACUUUAGCGACCGGUCCUCAAAUUAUAGCGACCAUUCAAGAGAGUACCUUGAACCAACAGUGUCAUAUGGUGAUAGACAAGGAAAUUAUAUGCACCAUCAGUACCAGCAAGAUCAAUAUAUGAAUAAGGAUCCAAGGUUACGAAAUGAAUACGCACCGAGAAAUGAGUACGCGCAUGAUUACCAAACACCGAAUGAUUACGGUGCUUAUCAACCAGAACCUAUGUCAGCAGACCCGGUUUACGUGCAAUCGCAUCGUACAAUAUCAGUCGACAAUGUUCAACCCUCAAUACCUGAACCGCAGCCUGCCGAGUUCAAAACUGCCACUACCAUGAUCGUGCGCCCUACAACCACAUACAGCUCAAAUUUAGUUGUUAGCAAAACUAUGUACCAACCGGUUGCACGCAUGACCUGCGAACCAGUAGCACCGGAUACAGCAGUCCCUCGCAAGUCAUCAUCCAGUUCUAGCAGCCUUAAUUCAUUCACCAAUGUAGAAGAUAAAGAUAGUGGAGCUGACGCAGAGCAUGAGGGCAGCAUGACGUCAGAGCCAGCCAUAAUUCAUGCCAGCCCAACUCCAGGUUCAUCCAGUGACGGAAGUCACUUAGAAGAGGAUGCCAACCUUGGCAACACACUCACCGCAGACGCAAUCGAUGAUCCAGCCCACAAGAAAGGUUCCAGCACGCUGGUAUGACCUGGAAUUCCAGAUUUACAUAUAGGCUGUUUUCAUCUCUUCCUGGUGCUGUGUGUGUUUCCAAGUUUAUUCUUUACCUGGACAUCUGCUACAACCUUACACUAUAUAUUCCAAGAUGUUUUUGUAUAAAUUUGUAAAUUAUAAAUUAUUAUAUUUGGUUCAAAGUAACUAUGAACUUUUUGUAUGUAGAAAGUUGUUUAAAUCAAUUAAGUGUAGAUUGUUUAGCAAUAUGUAUUCAUGUUUGAUGAUUGUUUUAUCCUCAAACGUUAAUUUGCUUCGGUUUUGUAUUUUAUUCAUAUAGAUGUGAAAUUCAAAUUGUAGUUAAACUUUAAUUGGAAACAAAUGUUUAACUAUUUUUAUUGAUAAUAUGUUGAUUUUUUAAAUAUAAAUAACGUUUAAUUAAGGGGUAUUUUUCUCCAUGAAACAUAUUUCGUCACAUAAUUUAUAUAACAUUCCUCUUAUCGAAUACACCCCUCUUAACUCCAAUAUAGCCCCUUCCCCACUCCAUCAAACUAAUUUAGAAGACAUGCAAGUAGUCUCUUUGUCCCUGGCUUAGGUAAUUUUAAAUUGGUUUUUUUUUUUAAUUAUUAUACAUAGUUUUACAUUAAGAGUUCUAUAAACUUUUAUAUUCUGUUCACUUUUGCUUUCAUUUUCUACCCAUUUUAACUAGUUAUUUGUUUUAAGCAAAAUAUGUUAUCAAAUAUAUUAAAGGUUUUAACAUUUUUAUUUAAAAUUUAUUUAUAUUUUAUGGUUCAUUUUAAGUUUAUUAUAAGAGUACUGAAAUCAUCUGAGAACUGCCUUUGUCGUUUUUAAAGUUUAAGUAGUUUUUAUCAAACUUGAUAUGAAGUGGACAAAUAGGAGAGUUCAAAGUAUGCAUUCCCUUUCUCAGUAAUGUACCUUAUUAGGAACAUAUUUGCAUAAAUAUAAAUUUUGUCUUUGUGAAACCUAGUACAGGUACUAAAUAAUUGAGGUUGAAAAAUUUGCUUUAUGACAAAAUACCAAAAAUUUGUAAAAACUGUGUGUGAAAACUAAAUUUAUUCCACAUGCUAUGAGAAUUAAAAAACAACUUGAGUUACCCUACAUUUAUCUAUCAACCAUUUUGAUUGGUUGUUGAGAAAUUCAUCAACAAUUCCAUUGCCAAUUUGUUGCCAGGUUAUUUCUAUCAAAUUUGUUUAAAAAAAUUCUAAAACUUAAAUUCAUCCCAAAAUAAGUGUGCUUCAUACCAACCAGCAUUCAAUUUCAUUUAAGAAAAAAAAAAUCAAAAAAAAUCAACAGUUUGAUAAUAUUCUAACAAUCAACCAAUUAUAAGUGGUGUUAGAACAUGCUUUUUAAUUUUUUUAAACAAAGUUUUUUAUUGGGUAAAAUAUGAGGCUAAGUAUUGCCUGCACAUUUUCAAAUUUCAGACAUUACUUUGAGGCAUCAUUUCAAUAUUCUAACAAUCAACCAAUUAUAAGUAGUGUUCAACUUAUAACUUAUGUUCAGGCUUCUUAAUUUUUCAAAACAAGUUUUUUUUUAUUGGGUAAAAUACUGUAUGAGGCUAAAUAUUGUCUGCACAUUUUCAAAUUUCAGACAUCAUUUGAAUAAUAAAUGUAAAGCUUUAAUAAUUGUAAUAUAAAUUUCACAUAUACGUAAUCAGUAGAUUCAACAUUUUGAAAAUUAUCACUGACCUGAAAAGGGGAUAUUUGACCUUUCGAUUCAUCAUAUUACAAAGUACAGGUCAUACAAUUCCAAUAUACAGUACCUAUGGACAUAAAUGCAUUAUACACAAAAUGAUAGAAUGUUUGGUGAUAAUUUUCAAGAAUUUAUUUUGUGGCAAUUGUUUGAUUACAUUAAUUAAACACUUUGUUUUACAUGAUUGGUGCUUUGGGUACUUAUUCGCUGUACCUAUAGUUGCUUUACGAUGUCUGUUUAAAUCUCUACUCAAACCAUGUAAUUGAUUUAUACUUAUAAACUUGAAUUAUGUACUUUUUUAAUACAUGGUUGAAUGAUUCUGAUUAAUUCCCAAUAUGACAUUUUCAACAGAAGUUUUUGUUCUUUAAAUGUGUUUUGCCAAACUUGAUGUGUUUGUUGUAAUUCUGUAAGCAUGAUCUGUUGAAUUUCAUGUGAAAUAAUUUAGAUAAAUAAGACGUUGGCAAGGGGUGGUUUAAAAUAAGAUUUGGGUUUGUUGAUUGAGCCUCAACCAGUGGCGGCGCCAGAGCGAGGGAGUCCAGGGUGCGCAUGACCAUCGUCAUCGUAACCUGGACGCCUGCCAGGAAAUCUCCGGCGCCGCCACUGCCCUCAACGAUUUGAUUUUAAAGCUGGUCUUUUAUAAAGUCAACCUACUACGCCUGGCUAAGAUGUGUAUUGCUAUAUUGAGUGAGGUACUGUGAUAUUGUGUUGAGUUUUAUAGCUAUUUCUUGUCUGAACAAACACGUUUAGUGUUUACUGUAGAUGUUAUGAUGGUAUCGUCCUAAGUGUACAGAGAGUAAACUUGUUAUGACACACUGUGUGUGCCAUCGGAAUAAAUUCUAUUAUGAACUGAAAGUUAAUAAUA